AUGAACUCAGAAGAGAACCAAAGAUACCCAAGGAUUUUGCUGAAAUAUACUAGUGAAUUACCUACUUUAAAAACUGAAAACCUGACUUCAUUUUUACUAGCUGCCUCUACGCUACAAAACUAUCAAAGAAUUCAUAACCAUUACUACCAAGAUAAAUGUUCAAGGCGUAUAUCAACAAGCAAGAGUGAGCUCAAGAAAUUGUUAGAAGACUCUUUGACAGCAGUAAAAAAGCAUGGCACAUCAAGCACAGUUGGCGCUAAACACCAAAACCUAAAUAAAAGCAAACAUGUACCUUUACCUCCUGCUGACCUCUCUUCCUCUUCACAAAGAAAGCAAAUCAUUGGGUUCGGAAAUGGUUCUUUUUGUUCAAGUAUGAAAGGAAAACGAGCUGCACCUAUUAGACGUACUACUGAAGAAAUCAAACGAAAAUGCAAACAACCUAAAGGGAGAGCUGAAUUUGUUUACGUUGACGAGUAUUUAACGAACCAGAUCUGUAACAAGUGUAAAAUGAAAGAAAUGAAUACAUUCUAUUCUCAAGUGUGA